AUGGAGGUUUGGGACGUGCUGGGAGCGGAGGAGCGGGAUGCGGUGCGGUUCUCGUGGAACGUCUGGCCCAGCUCCCGCCUGGAGGCCACGCGGAUAGUGGUGCCCGUCGGGUGCCUGUACACCCCCAUGAAGAGCAGGCACGACGCGCCCCCGCCGCUGGCGUACGACCCCAUCCGCUGCAACGGCUGCGGGGCGAUCCUCAACCCUUACGCCCAGGUUGACUUCAUGAGCAAGCUGUGGACCUGCCCGUUCUGCAUGCAGCGGAACCACUUCCCCCCCCACUACGCGGAGAACAUCAGCGAGAGCAACCUGCCGUACGAGCUGAUCCCGCAGUUCACUACGGUGGAGUACGAGCUCACCACCCCGCCGCACGGGCCCCCCGCGUUCGUGUUCUGCAUCGACACCUGCGUCUCGGAGGACGAGCUCGAUGAGCUGAAGGACUCGCUCCAGCAGACUCUCAGCCUUCUCCCGGAGGAGGCGCUGGUGGGACUCAUUACCUUCGGCACCAACGUGAUGGUGCACGAGCUGGGUUUCGCGGACUGCCCGAAGAGCUACGUCUUCAGGGGCGCCAAGGAGUACACCGCGGUGAAGGUCCAACAGCUUCUGGGCAUCCUCCCGGCCGGCCGCGGCGCCGGCGCCGGCGCUACCUACGGCCAUCAGCCGCAGCAGCAGGCGGGAGUGCCCGGGGGCGCGGCGGGGGGUGCGAGAGACCCCGCGGUCGGGCGCUUCCUCAUGCCCGUGGCGGACGCGUCGUUCCAGUUCGAGACGGUGCUCGACGACCUGCAGCGGGACGCCUGGCCCGUGCCGUCGGACCAGCGGGUUGCCCGCUGCACCGGGGUCGCUCUCCAGGUUGCGCUUGGGCUUCUUGAGUCGGCGUGCCCCCGGCAGGGCUCUAGGGUAAUGCUCUUCGUGGGAGGCCCUCCCACCGUGGGGCCGGGGAUGAUGGUGGGCAGGUCGAAGGACGAGACUAUCCGCAGCCACACCGACCUCCAGAAGAACAACGCCCCGCACUUCAAGGUGGCGUGCAAGUUCUAUGAGGGUCUCACCGAGAAGGCCAUGCAGAACUGCCACGUGGUGGACAUCUUCGCGUGCAGCCUGGACCAGAUCGGGCUCCUGGAGAUGAGGGUCUGCGUGGAGAAGACGGGGGGGCAGAUGGUGCUGGGCGACUCCUUCGGACAGUCGGUGUUCAAGGAGUCCCUGGCGAGGCUGUUCCGCAAGCCCACGGGAGAGGACGGCCAGCAAGGUGGCGGGGCGGCGCUGCUGCAGAUGGGGUUCGGCCCCAGCCUGGAAGUGUUGACCAGCAGAGAGUUCAAAGUGGCUGGGGCUAUGGGGCCCUGCAGCUCGCUCGGCAAGAAGAACCCCAACGUCGCGGAGACGGAGAUUGGCCAGGGGGGAACCUACGCGUGGAGCCUCGGGGGCAUCACGCCUGCUACCACGGUGGCGGUCUACUUCGAGGUCACCAACAACCAGUCGGAGCCUCUCCCGCAGCACAAGCGCCGAUUCUUGCAGUUCGUGACGCAGUACCAGCAGGCGGGGGGUAGGUUCCGCCUGAGGGCCACCACUGUGUGCGGGGGUUGGCAUAGCGACCCCAACGAUCUCGGUCCGUUGGUGAGGGGCUACGACCAGCAGGCGGCGGCGGUGCUGAUGGCGCGCAUCGCCGUGCACCGGACUGAGACGGAAGAGGUGGCCGACAUCAUGCGGUGGUUGGACCGCAGCCUGAUCCGCCUGUGCGCCAAGUUCGCGCAGUACACCAAGGACAAGCCCGAGUCCUUCCGGCUGGCCAGCGAGUUCAGCAUGUACCCGCAGUACAUGUUCCAUCUCAGACGCUCCCAGUUCCUGCAGUUGUUCAACUCGUCGCCGGACGAAGCUAGCUACUACAGGGGAAUCCUCUGCCGAGAGAACGUGGCGUCGUCUCUGGUGAUGCUGCAGCCCAGCCUCCUCUCCUACUCGUUCCAGGGCCCGCCGGUGCCCGCGAUGCUGGACGCGGCCUCGGUACGGCCGGACACGAUCCUGCUGCUGGACACCUUCUUCCACGUCGUUAUCUUCCACGGAGAGACCAUCGGGGCGUGGAGGGAGCAAGGGUACCAAGACCACGAGGAGCACGCGGCUUUCCGGCAGCUGCUGGAGGCGCCCCAGGCGGACGCGCAGAUCAUCAUGCAGAGCCGCUGCCCAGUGCCGAGGUACAUCGUGUGCGAUCAGCACAAGUCGGAGGCUCGCUUCCUCAUCUCCAAGCUCAACCCUUCGGUGACUCACAACACGACCGACGGCUCCCAAGGGCAGGCCAUCUUCACGGACGACGUCAGCCUUCGCGUCUUCAUGGAGCACCUCAUGAAGCUGUCCACUCAGUCGUAGGUUUGAGUCUUGAUGGAGCACCCCAUGAAGCUAUCCACCUAGUCGUAGAUUUGACAAGACUCGGGCGCGCGCGCGUGCUGGGUGUGUGUGUGUGUGUGUGCAAAUCUGCGGGGCUCCUUUUUGAGCACGACGGAUAGUCACACUUGCUUGCGUGUGGCGGUUUCUCACGUGCGAGCAUAGUCCACUUGUUUCGCGUCAGCGGCCGGCCGUCUUUCUGAGGGCGAGGUUACGCGUUCGUAUUUUCUGCUCCAUUGUUUGUGCGUGACAACGAAAACAGUGUCUUUCCUCUCUCUCAAUCACUGUCGAUCAAAGGCUGCCUUUUUUUUUCUCUCUUUUCUCGAGUGAGCACGAUCGAUGCGUGUCUACCAUACGUCUGCUUUCUCUACUAUUAUUACAAGCUUUUUCCUUGGGUGUUUGUGUUGAUGAGCAAGGAGAUGAGAAGAUGAGCUCACGCGUGUCCAACUUAAUUGGCCGGGAAGUCGGGCUUUGUGUUGGAUUUUUUUUUUUUUUUGUGAAACCGUCCUCUCUGCGUGCGCGGGUGCGAGGUUUUCGUUUAUAAUGUAAACGGGGGGAAGGAACAGCAACACCCCCUGUGGCCAGCUGUGUCCGCUACCGCUAUCUUGUCUGUACAGUAGAUGCUUGGGGAAGGAAGCACGGCGAUCAGCUACAUGGUUUUGGUAUGCUUCGGUCGUGAUGUGUGUCCGCGAGAAUAACCGCGCAAUCCCUCGCCGCUGGAGAAUCCCCAACAUUACGCUCGCGAAGGAGAGGAUAUGUGAGCGAACGAUCUAGGGUGUCCGAAGAGACAAGACAGAGCCCUCAAAAUCGUGUGACAGCAUGAUGAUGAGUGUUUGCGUAUGUAUCACGCGUGAGAUAUCUUUGAUUUUUUCCUCCGUCGGGGAUCAACGGCCCCUUAGUCUAUGUAUUGCCGGGCUAUUCUUUUGUCCACUGGGUUCCCCUGAAACGUGCCUCGAUGUGGCAUGACAAUCGCGACCCCGAGCCCACCGGGGGCGCAACGUUCUUUGCCAUCUCGGCAUAAUAAAUAAAUAUUUGC